AUGGCACCCCCAACCGAUCCUAAUACUGGACCUCCCGCUGCCGGAACGCUAAUUACGUUCACGUUCGAGCCGUUCAACCCUGCUACGUCGAAAUUUGAUCGAUGGUUGGACAGACUGCAGAUUUCGUUCCGGAUUUACCAUGUUCGGAAAGACGACCAACGGGAUUUCCUGCUACACUACAUGGGGGGCCCUACAUACGAUGUGCUGUGUAAUAAGUUGAAGAAUGCUGAACCUACCACAAAGACGUACAGUGAAAUUGUUGCCCUUCUGAAGGAGCAUUUCAGCCCCACGCCGCUGGAAAUCCUCGAGAAUUUCAAGUUCGCUAGUCGCAAACAGCAAGACAACGAAUCGCUUAGCGACUACCUGAUGAAUUUAGAGAAGCUUGCUCAGUCGUGCAAUUUCGGGGAUUAUCUGGAUAGGGCUCUUCGGAAUCAGUUCGUCUUUGGAAUCCGUAAUCGGGUGAUACAAUCCCGAUUGCUGGAAGUUCGCGAUUCAACGCUAACAAAGGCAAAGGAAAUCGCAUACGGAAUGGAGAUGUCUCAUCGGGGAGUCGAUGAAAUGCAUAAUUCUCGUCCAAAAAGUGAAGUUCAGCACAUCGAGCACGGAGCAAACAAAACGAAAAAGAGUGCCCACUCGUCCAACCAAGCAAGGACGAGCCGAGGUGCCCAUUCGUCCAACCAAGCAAGUACGAGCCGAGGUGCCGUUCGUCAGCCGAGCAACCCUGAGGAACAAAGGAAACGUUGUUAUCGCUGCGGGGAUGCUGGUCACUAUGCGGACAGGUGCAAAUACAAAACGGCGAUCUGCAAAUUCUGCACGAAGAAAGGCCAUCUGGAGAAGAUGUGUCUGGCUAAAACGAAGCAGCGGACGGAUGGAACACACCACCUGGAGGAGCAGCCCUGCAUCAUCAAGGAUAUUUUUCACCUAAGCGCGACCGGUGGUUUGCCUGAUUUCGAACAAUAG